AUGAAUCAAUUAAAAAUUGAAUUAAUUGUUGAUAAUCGUGUCAAUCGAUCUACUCUAUCAGGAAAUGGUAUUCGAAAUGCUGUUUCACUUCAACCAGUUCUUUAUGUUGGUGGAAUACCAAAUAAUAAUCAUAUAAAUUUAACAGGAUCAGGUCUGAAUGCAUAUGGAUUUCAAGGAUGUCUAUCAAGUUUUAUUGUUGAUGGUCGUUUACUUGAUUAUCAACGAGCAUUAGUACUGAAUGGACAAGUGAAAAUGAAUAUUUGUUCAGAUUUAAAUAAACUUUGUUAUGAUUUUACAUGUGUUCAUUCGGGUAUAUGUUCAACAAAUGAAAAUGAUGGACCUCGAUGUGAUUGUAUUGAAACAAGUUACAUAGGUGAACGAUGUGAUAAAUUACCAAAUGGAUUUUAUUUUGGUAAACAUAAAUCCAUUGGUUCAAUUGAAUAUGUAAUGCCACAAACACGUCAAACAGAAUAUGAUACAAUAUCAUUUGGUUUACAAACAUUAUCAGAGUCAGCACAAAUAUUUCGUCUUGAAUCCGAUUUAAAUUCAUAUAGUUUAGAAUAUGAACUUUUACGAGAACGAUCAUAUAUCAAAUUAAAUAUGGGUGAAAAACAACCUGAUGUUUAUUCAUGUGUUAUGCAUAUAACGGAUGGAAUGUAUCAUGCUAUUAAAAUAAUUCGACGACUUUCCAUGGUUGAAUUAUAUGUUGAUGGAGUUCGAAUGAAAUUAGAAGGCGGAAAUAAAUAUUCACGUCAUACAGAACAACAACGAUCGUUUCUUGCACAAAGACGUUUACGUAUUGGAAGCUUUAAAAAUGUUUCACAAUGGAAUGGAGUUCUUGCGGGUUUAUCAUUCAAUCGUCAAUCCAUAUUUGAUAGUCUUUUCAAUACUCUAAUUCGUUCCGGUGAUGUCGAAGAAGUUCAACCCGAUAUAAAUACUGGUCAAUUCAUUUUAAUUGAUCCAACAGCCAUUGCAAUUCCUAUCCUAUCCUCAACAAUUACAUCUAUUAUUCCAAUAAAUAAUAAUAACUAUACAUU